AUGGUCGAGCCCCCCAACUUCUCGUGGGUGGCAGAGGGGAGGCUGGCGGGGCUGGCCAUGCCACGAGAGCCAGGCCAUUACCGUUUCCUGCUGGGCCGGGGCGUGAAGCAUCUGGUGUCACUGUCUGAAAGGGCCCCCCCGCAUCACGGCUGCUGCCCCGCGCUGCAGCUCCACCGAUUCCGUGUGCCUGACUUCACCCCGCCGACACCCGGACAGAUCCAGAGCUUCCUGCAGCUGGUGGAGGAGGCCAACGGUCGCGGGGAGGCGGUGGCUGUGCACUGCAUGCUGGGACAUGGCCGGACGGGCACCAUGCUGGCCUGCUACCUGGUGAAGACACAGAAGAUGAGCGGCAGCGACGCCAUCCGGGAGAUCCGCAGGCUGCGGCCGGGCUCCAUCGAGACACGGGAGCAGGAGCGAGCUGUCAUGGAGUUCCACCGGCGCUUCAGUGCUGGAGAGGACAGCAGGGAGGUGUGACUGUGAGCAUCUCUAGGAGCAGAGCGUGCUGCAUGGAGGUGAGAUGUUCCCUGCGAAGCUUUGCCCAGCCUGGCGAUGCCAGCGUUUGUCUUGUCGCCAUUAAAGGGCUUCAUGCUGCUCCUCUCCGCUUCUGUCUGGGGAACCAAAGGGCCACCAGAGGCCCCCACCUCCACCACGUCCCACCUUCGCUCCACGUUGACCCGCUGCCAUCCCCAACCCCAAGCUCUUCAACCUUCAUCACUGCUUGGAACCCAACAGGGGCACCCCAGAAUUGGGGAUCCCGUGCCACAAGGCUCUGAGACUCUGCCAUCCCCAGAGCUGGUCAACAGCCAACGCAGUGACGCAACGUGGAGGGGUGACAGCAGCUCCCCAGGGCCGUCCCGGGACGUGGAUGCUUAAAGGGAAGCUUAGAUGGAAUUUAGGCAUCUCCGUUCCAAAAGUCCAAUCCUGAAAAUCUCUUCUCAGCUGUUCCUAACCUUGGUGGCAUUUAAAUCCUAAGUGCAAGAAG